UAACGUAACAUAGCAAUAUAUAUAUCUUGACCAUCAACAAAUUGAGGAUUAUCUUCUGCUAAUCUUUGUCAGAAGCCAUUUAAACUGGAUUAAAGUUUGACUAGAUUAAGGUUUUAUGGAUUUGAAUCACUAUGUAAGUAUAUAAAGAUGCAGCAAUAUAGAGAAGUAAAGUGAAAGCGAAGAACUGACAAUCAAUAUGUUCAAUGAAAGUAUUCAUUGGGAAGCGAGAAUUUUAUCAGCAGAACCACCACGAUUGCUAGGAUGGAACGUUCCUCCUGAGGAAUUGAUCCAUAUACCUGAACAUUGGUUGAUUUAUCCCGAACCCAAUCCUUCUCUUCAUUAUUUGCUGGCCAUUAUAUACAUACUCUUUACGUUUAUAGCGUUACUUGGAAAUGGAUUGGUUAUUUGGAUAUUUUGUUCAGCUAAAUCAUUAAGAACACCUUCAAAUUUGUUUGUGGUAAAUCUGGCAUUUUGUGAUUUCUUCAUGAUGAUAAAAACGCCUAUAUUUAUAUAUAAUUCCUUCAAUACUGGAUUUGCUACAGGCCAUUUAGGAUGUCAGAUUUUUGCCUUUAUUGGAUCGCUUAGUGGAAUUGGAGCUAGCAUGACGAAUGCUGCUAUUGCAUAUGACAGAUAUAGUACUAUAGCUCGACCACUUGAUGGGAAGUUAUCUCGCGGUCAAGUGAUGCUCUUCAUCAUGCUCAUAUGGUUGUAUACGAUUCCUUGGGCAUUAAUGCCACUGAUGCACGUCUGGGGUCGGUUUGUGCCUGAAGGUUUCUUGACAAGCUGCACUUUUGAUUAUUUAACAGAUACACCAGAAAUACAAUACUUUGUGGCUACAAUAUUCACAUUCUCUUAUUGUAUCCCAAUGACUCUUAUCAUAUAUUAUUAUAGUCAUAUUGUCAGCCAUGUUAUUGAGCAUGAAAAAACUCUUCGUGAACAAGCAAAGAAGAUGAAUGUCGAAAGUUUGAGAAGCAAUACUAAUGCAAAUGCUCAAAGUGCGGAAAUACGUAUAGCCAAGGCUGCGAUAACAAUUUGUUUUCUUUUUGUACUUUCGUGGACUCCGUACGGUAUUCUUGCGAUGAUUGGCGCUUUCGGAGAUAAGUCUUUAUUAACUCCCGGCAUCACAAUGAUACCGGCAUGUACGUGCAAAUUUGUAGCUUGCUUGGAUCCAUAUGUGUAUGCCAUAAGCCAUCCAAAAUACAGAUUAGAACUGCAGAAGCGAUUACCGUGGUUACAAUUACAAGAGUCACCUUCUACAGACACACAGAGUUCUACAACUGAAAUAUCGAAUGUGCCAUCUUCAUAAAUCUCAUUCAUUUUUAAUUUAAAUAGUAACUACAAUAGUACUACUUUAUUAUUAUAUAAUGUAGUCAGUUGUUAUAAUGUCAUAAAGCUAUAUAUUUUUAUUGCAGGUUGUUGAAUGUAUAAUUUAUAUUAUAAUCUAUAUAUUAUAAUCUAUACUAAUAGUAGCAAGUAUAUUAGCGCAAAUUCUUAAGUAUGAACAAUUUAAUAUAAUAUUCUUUUUAUCAUUUUCAACUUAAAUGUAGAUAUGCCCACUACUAAAAAUAUAACAUUUCCUGUUAUAAUAGGAAACAUUAUCAAGAUUAUGUAUAAUAAAAAUAUUUAAUAAAUUAAAUUCAAGCAUAUGUAAUAUCAAGCA